GAUGGCGAAAAUGUCUACCUCGGUGGUCGAUGUGUCAGUGAUGUGUCAGUGAGUGCCUGAGGUGGAAUAAUUUCUCCAAAUGAUUUCGCUGCGUGUUGUGUGAGAAUUGUGUGAAAAAGUGCUUCAACUUCUCUGGUCAGAAUGGCCUCACGUGGUGGUCCAAUGGUGACCGGUACCGAUGGGGCUGAUUUUCAACAUCGCCAGCGAGUUUCUGCCAUUUACCAAAUCAGUGCAAUCAACAAGUCACGACUGAAGUACUGCAUCUUCUUCCACUACCUCCUAUUUUUUGCCAUGCUGGCUAAAUUAUGCUCAGAUAUUCUGGAUCGUCUUGAUAUAUUUAUUCUGGAGAUUGAGGAGCUUCAGGUGCCAGAUCCUCUCUGGUGGGAAUACAUCUGGUGCCUAUCAAUUCUCACGACUUUUAUGGGAUUGUCUGCAGCCAAAGGGAAUCGUAUUCGGGAUAUGCAGAAAUACAUCAUUGCUCUGGUUGUGCUGGGAAUCCUACCUUUAAUUUAUGGUCUCAUCUACUACAUGAGCGAUGCCAUCGACUACAUCACAUUCGACAGUGAUGGGGAUGUGGACAUUGAAGACACAGACAUUGUCUUCUGGCAGGGACUUCCGUAUGGCCUCCUGUGGUAUGCAUUCAUCAUGGUUGGAUUCCAAAUCCAUGGAUUCUCCAUCUACUUUGCGUGGAAUCUGGUCAAGGCCUGGCAAUCCCGUAGCGCAGCCCGGAAAGUACAAUAAAAUGCUCAGCGACUUAGACGACUAUCCAACACACGUUCCUCUCGACAGAGAUAUAGCAAGAAAGAAAUAAUAAAAUAGAAAAAAAAUAAAAGCAUAAAUGACAAGGAAGUGUGUCUCACAAAGAGGCAAAAUGUUCAUCCUUUAGGAAUUGUUUAAUUGAGAAUAUUUCGUGUUCAAUGUUAUAGAUGUUGUCGAAGAAAGUCCAUUAUCCCUUGAAAUUAUCUUGGAGGGGAUAGAAAACAAUCUUUUCUCUGUAUGUUUCACCGAUAUUAACACUCAAACGACAAGAAAACCCCAUUAUACCCUGAGAAUCACGAAUUUUAUUGAUGUAAAAUCACAAAAAGAAAAAGUUGUUUUUGCAGAGGAAGUGCCUGAAAAUUAAGAUGCUGAUGGAAAAGGAGAUUAGCCAAGAAGUAAAUUAUUAAAAAAAAAUGAGUCUGCAAAAACAAUCCGGUGUUUAAACUGAGAAUUUUUGGUGCUUUCUUUGAUAUAGUAACUGUGUCUACGGAAGAAAAAUUCUUGUUUUUUUUUGGAAAAAUUGCAGAAAAUAAUAAAUGUACACAUUGAUAAAGGUCUCAAGGAAAGGUGACAAUUUUUAGAUAUUUGUCUAGUGGAACAAUUUUUCUUGUAUUUAGGGAUUGUUUUGCGUUAAUAAAAGUGAAGAAAAAAUACAA